GUGACAAGCAGGGAACGAGGCAACGACAGCGCAGCCUGGCCCCGGCUGACGGACGCUGGCGACUCAGACAUGGACAGUAGCUGCCACAACGCGACUGCCAAAAUGUUAGCGACUGCUCCGGCCCGGGGCAACGUGAUGAGCACCUCCAAACCCUUGGCUUUUUCCAUCGAACGAAUCAUGGCGCGCACCCCCGAGCCCAGGGCCCUGCCAGUCCCCCACUUCCUUCAGGGAGCUGCGCCCAAGGGGGACGCCAAACACUCUCUGCAUCUUAACUCGUCGAUCCCCUGCAUGAUCCCCUUCGUGCCUGUGGCGUACGACACGGGCCCCAAAACUGGAAUGACGGGCUCGGAGCCACGGAAGUCGAGUCUGGAGGCUCCGGCGGCCUCCGCAGCGGCACCCGCAGCGCCCGCGUUCAGCUGCAGUGACCUGCUUAACUGCGCACUGAGUCUUAAGGGCGACCUGGCCCGCGACGCGCUGCCACUGCAGCAGUACAAGCUGGUAAGGCCGCGUGUGGUCAACCAUUCUUCCUUCCACGCCAUGGGGGCCCUGUGCUACCUGAACCGAGGUGACGGCCCGUGCCACCCGGCGGCCGGCGUUAACAUCCACCCGGUGGCCUCCUACUUCCUCAGUUCCCCUUUGCACCCGCAGCCAAAAACGUAUUUAGGGGAAAGGAAUAAACUGGUUGUGCCGGCGGUGGAGAAGUAUCCCUCGGGAGUAGCUUUCAAAGACUUGUCCCCGACUCAGCUGCAGCAGUACAUGAAAGAAAGCGCCCAGCUUCUGUCGGAAAAAAUCGCUUUCAAAACCUCUGACUUCAGCCGAGGCUCUCCUAAUACCAAACCCAAAGUUUUCACUUGCGAAGUGUGUGGAAAGGUCUUUAACGCGCACUAUAACUUAACCCGUCACAUGCCGGUGCACACAGGAGCCAGACCCUUCGUUUGCAAAGUGUGUGGAAAGGGUUUCCGGCAAGCCAGCACGCUGUGCAGGCACAAGAUCAUUCACACCCAGGAAAAACCUCAUAAAUGUAACCAGUGUGGCAAAGCUUUUAAUAGAAGUUCCACUUUAAACACGCAUACCCGAAUACAUGCAGGCUACAAACCGUUUAUAUGUGAAUUCUGUGGCAAAGGAUUUCAUCAAAAAGGGAAUUACAAAAACCACAAGCUGACCCACAGCGGGGAGAAGCAGUUCAAGUGCAAUAUCUGCAACAAGGCUUUCCACCAGGUUUACAACCUCACCUUCCACAUGCACACACACAACGACAAAAAGCCCUUCACCUGCCCUACAUGCGGCAAGGGAUUUUGCAGGAACUUUGACCUCAAGAAGCACGUCCGCAAGCUGCACGACAGCAGUGUAGGAGUAGCCCGCCCGGCUGCUUGGGAGCAGGGCGCGGACCAGCAGCCGCCUCUGCAGCAGCCUACGCCCUCCGCGACGCUGCCGCCUCUGCCGUCCCAGCUGCCCCCUGGACCCCUGCAGCCCGGGCUUCAUCCGAGCCACCCGUGA